ACUUGGGAGCCGACGAUUAAACAUUUAAUUGAGCUUAGUGAUAACCCCAGGACUGGCAUUCAUGUAGACGAGAUAUGGUCGUUUGAGGCCGUUAAUCACGGAGACAGCGCGCUCAUCAACGAGGGGAAACUUGGAGAUGUGUUUGAUUGGAUGGAUAAUGCUCGCGACAUCCUUUCGUUUGUUGAGAAUUACAUACCAGAUGGCCCUUUUGUCCCGACAACAACUCCUCUCCCAACACAUCUUCCUCGUGUGAGCCCAGAUGUGGCAGCAGAGCGACGGAAACAGGGGUUCAAGCAUCGGAACCUCGUAGGGAUAGGUCAUUCACUGGGGGGUUGCAGCAUUGCUAACGCAGCUUCUGCAAAUUCGAAUCUCUUCCAUUCCCUCACCCUUGUUGACCCAAUCAUCUACUUCCAACCCUCAGAAUGGACUACACGAUUCGCAGUGUCAGCGUUGACGCGAAGACAGCGUUGGGACUCAAGGAAAGGCGAAGCAUUGUUGCUUUUCAAGAAAUCACCUUUCUUUGGAGCAUGGAAGCCAGAGGUCUUAGAAUUAUAUGUCAAGUAUGCAUUGGCCGAUAUCCCACGCGAGAAAGGGGGUGGAGUGAAGCUGAAGAUGAGCGGAUUUAGCGAAGCAUCCGUGUUCGUGGAGCAAUUUUUCCCUCUCGAGACAGCUCAACAGCUAGAAACAUUGGAUAGUAUGGUUAAGUUGAGAUGGAUUGUCGCGGGGAAGGACGUUGAUCUUGAAAAAGCAGCGCUCGUACAAGAGAUGGUGUGGAGGAGAAUAGAGAACAGUGCGAAUGUACUCAUCGAAGGGGCUGGCCACUUGGUGAGCACAGUACACUACAUGAUGGACUCCUGCUCGAACCUAAGUUUUGGCCUCACCAGAUCGCUCAGGAGGCGCCGUAUGAGCUUGGUUCGUUUAUUAGUAAACUCGAAGAUAUGGUUGUGA